UUUACUCUUUAGUUCUGGUUCAGGUUCCGUUUCUUCAGGUUCUGUCUCUGGCUCACAGUUGUGUAAGGUGUCUCCGCUGUAGCUAGCGUCCCUAUGAGGUGCAGACGACGCGGGACGGCAGAAAAUCGGAAAUGGGUUUGCUAUGUAAGCUGACUGGCCUGGGACUUGCUGUGUGGACCAGGCGGGCCUCCAGCUCAGAGCCGCCUGGCUCGGCCUUGACUAUCCAUAGGAACUCAGUGGCCUUUGACGAUUUGGCUAUAAACUUCACCCAGGAAGAGUGGGCUUUGCUGGAUCCCUCCCAGAAGAAUCUUUACAGAGAUGUGAUGGAGGAAGUCUUUAGGAACCUGACUUCUAUAGAGAAAGGGUGGGAAGACCAAAACACUGAAGAUGAGGACAAAAAUCCUGAGACAAAUUUAAGGCACAUCAUAGCCAACUCUGGAUACAGCCUAUCUGAAAGUGAAGAAUACUCUGAGAAGCCAUAUAAAUUUACACAGUAUAGGAACUCUUUCGUUUCUCUUAUGAGUAUUCAAAGACAUAUGAUAAUGGACACUGGAAGUAAGCCUUACAAGUGCAUGCUUUGUGGGAAAGCCUUCCAUUUCCCCAGUGAAUUCAGAAUCCAUCUAAGAACUCACACAGGAGAGAAGCCCUAUGAAUGUAAACAGUGUGGGAAAGCUUUCAGUCAUUCCAGCUCCUUUCGAAAACAUGAGAGGACUCACACUGGAGAGAGGCCCUACGUGUGUAAACAGUGUGGGAAAGCCUUUAAUUGUUCUGGUUCCAUCCGAAAACAUGAAAGAACCCACACGGGGGAGAAGCCUUAUGAAUGUAAGCAGUGUGGGAAAGCCUUCAACUGUCCCAGUUAUCUUCAAAUUCAUGAAAGAAGCCACACUGGAGAGAAGCCCUAUGAAUGUAAACAGUGUGAGAAAACAUUCAGUUGUUCCAGUUCCCUUCGAAAACAUGAGAGGACUCACACUGGAGAGAAGCCCUAUGAGUGUAAACAGUGUGGGAAGGCCUUUAGUUGUUCCAGUUCCUUUCGAAAGCAUGAACGGACUCAUACUGGGGAGAAACCCUAUGAAUGCAAACAGUGUGGCAAGGCCUUCUUUUCUCUCACAAGUGUUCGAACACACAUGAUAAAGCACACUGGAAAUGGGCCUUUUAAAUGCAAUGUAUGUGAAGAAGUGUUUCCCUUUUCCAGUGUAUUUAGAAGACACCAAACUUGUCAUGCUGGAGAGAAGAAGUCCUAUGAAUGUAAACAAUGCAAUAAAUGGUUUAGUUCCUCCACCUCACUUCACAAUCACAGAAGAAGUCACAACGGGGAAAAGCCCUAUGCUUCUAAACAGUGUGGGAAAGCUUUCAGUUGUCCCAGUUACAUUCGAAAACAUGACCGAGCUCAUGCUGGGGAAAAACCUUCUCCACGCAAACAGUGUGGUAAGUGCUUCAGUGCUUCCGGCUCUCUUCAAACACACGAAAGAAUUCAUACUGGAGAAAAGUCCUAUAAACAGGGUGCUAGAGCGUUCAGUCGCUCCACUUCCAUUAGGAAACAUGAACAAACUCACAGUGGGGAGAAACCCUAUGACUAUAGUGUGGGAAAACCUUCACUUCCUGUUAGAAUUGAUUACUGACAGUCUUAAAUUAUUCAUAACAGUCUUAUGAAUGUAAAUUCUGGCAAAUCCUUAUUUUCUCUAACAGGUAUUGUUUGCUUUUGUUUUUAACAAAAAUGAUAAAGCGCACUGGAAACGGACCUUUUAAAUGUGAGGUAUGUGAAAAAAGCCUUUCACAUCUCACAGUCCUAGCAUAUUUAGAGCACAUCAAAUAAACUCGUGCACGAGAGAAACAAUGCGAGUGCAGACAAUGUGGUAAAUCCUUCACUUCUAGGUAUCCUCAAAGGAUUCAUGUUGGAAAGUAUCUCUACUAAUGAAAGCACUGGAGAACCACUUACUACAAUUGCCUUGUAAAGAUGAAUGAAUUUUUUUUUUUGG